AUGUUUGGGAAGAGGAAAGCAACAGAACCUGGGAAACGCAAAGGAGCGGAACUGAUGAGUCAGAUGGGUCUUGGACCCAUUCCUGGAAUUGAAGACACUGGUUCAAUGGGAUAUGGAGAUGACGACGACGAUGAUGAUUUAGAAGCAGAAUUAGCUGCCCUUGCUAAUGAAGGCAUUGAGUCUGUUAAAAAGCCAAGGCCAAAACGAACAGGCAAUAUGGGAGUUGUAGACAUUCAUCAGUUGGCUGCUGUUGGAAUGCAGGAUGUUGAUGAAGAUGUCUCCGACACUGAAGAUCCAGAUUUACUGGCUGAGCUAGAAGAGCUAGAGGAUGAUGUAGAGGAACCUGUUCCUUCAAAGACUCCUCAGAGAUCACCCAUUCCAGCUGCUGCAUCACCAUCUCAGAAGACAAUUACUGCAUCCCCUAUCUUUGAACCUACCCUUUCCUCAGGUGUCGGCCCUGCUCCUGCACCUCGAAAUUUACCAUUGCCUCAGAAAACGCCACCACCAGCCCCUGCAGCAAAACCUAGUCCAGCGCCGAGUCCUAAACCAGCUUCCGCCCCUUUGAGUAGCUCUAGUGGUGGAGGAGGCGGUGCAGUUGCAGUGUUGGAGGAAAGACUUAAUUUAUAUAAACAAGCUUCUGCAAUUGCUAAAACAGCAGGAGACAGUUCAAAACAGCGGAGAUUAGACAGAGGAAUUAAGACUCUGACAGAUUUACUGAAGCAGGCUAAAGCUGGAAAGCCAAUAAAUGAAGAAGAAAUUCCUCCAGCUGUUGCACUGGGAGCUAGUGUUGCUGUAUCAGACGCCUCCAGCCCGUCUGCAAAUUCUGUACCUGCUGGUUAUCCAAUUUCUGCAGCCCCUCUGGCACCACCAAAACCAAGUCCAGUUUCUGCAGCCCCUGUGGCACCGCCAAAACCAAGUCCAGUUUCUGCAGCCCCUGUGGCACCGACAAGACAGACAACAAAACAGAUUCUGCUAACCAGAAGAGACCAGUACAGGAAAGCAGCUCUCAUGGCUAAACAAGAAGGGGACAUGACGAAAGCUGGCCAAUAUGUGAGGAUAGCUAAGCAAUUUGAUGCAGUAAUUCAGGCUGCAGAUGAAGGCAAACCUGUAGAUUUGUCUAAGAUGCCACCAGAUCCUGCUGAAUUAUCAGGAGAAUCGACAAAUACUCUUGCCACCCCAAAGUCGACAGUUCCAGUGCAGAGAGUAAGCAACCAAGCUGCUGGGGAGGACUCAGAAUUUGACCUCCCUAAAACAACAGCUGAAGAAGAGAAGUCAUUAUUCAAUGCUCCAGAUGCCCCCAAAACAAUUAUGGAAGCCUUAACUCAGCGACUAGAGAAAUACAAGACAACAGAGAGUGCUGCCAAAACAGAGGGGGAUAGCAGCAAGGUCAGACGCAUGGGCAGAAUAGUGAAGCAAUACGAGGAUGCAAUCAAGCUCUAUAAAGCGGGAAAACAAGUGGAUUAUGAUAAUCUACCGACCCCACCAGGGUUUGCACCAAUACCAGUGAACACAGCCGCAUCCACAACAUCUCCUCCGUCAACACAGCCAUCAGCAUCCUCUGUUGCGGGCGCUAAGCCUGGACCAGGAGCAGGAGCUUCCAGACCCGCACCAGCGGCAGCAGCCAGACCUGCACCUGCAGGGGCACCCAGUCCUGCACCCGCAGUAACCCCUAGACCUGCUCCACCAGCAAGAUCUGCCCCGGCUGUACCUCAGCCUGGAUCAUCCUCAUCUGUGCCUCGCCAAAUACAAAGACAGAGUUCAAGCCGUCUUCACUCUAGACAGGAGCAGCAGUUAGCCUUCCUCAAAGAAAGAAUGGCAGAGUUCAAACAGGCAGCUAUGAAUGCUAAGAAAAGUCACGACAUAGAGCUGGCUAAGAAGUACAUCCGCAUGAUGAAGGGUAUGGAACCAAUGAUUGAAGGAUGUGAAAGUGGAUUGCCUGUUGAUUUAUCACAGGUUCCUCCUUCUCCGCUAGAGUCUGAGGAUGCAGACAAGUUUGUAGUGGUGUCAGCUGAGGACUGCGAACCGACAGGGGACAGAGAGGAAGUCUUUAAAACACUUCAGGAAGAUCUUGUCAGACAGAUCAGGAUUUGUGUGACAAACGCUCAGCAUUACCAAAAAAUGGGCGAUGUGCCAGCAGCUGCGAAGUUCCAAAAAUUAGAACAGAACAAUCGUCGAGACCUUGAUGCUCUGAAAAGUGCCCAUAGGCAUGGGGACCCAGCACCAAGGUUUCACUACGAGUCACGGACUUUUUCCAUGGUGCAGUGUAACACUGAUUUGGGAGAUACAGAUUUAGAGUUGACAGUUGUAAGAGGAAUACAAUACAACCUGCCAUCAGGGUUUUCAGAGAAAGACAUGGAUACCUGUGUCAAAUAUGAGCUUGGGUUUCCAACAGAAGAGCCUCAGACAGGAAGUACAGGCACGGUCAAGGACACAGUCAAUCCAGAAUAUAAUGAAACGUUCAAACUACAGUUCAACCGGAAGUCAAAAGCACUUUUAAGAUUUGUUGAACGAAAAGGUCUUAAACUUGAUGUCUUGAUUAAAAGAGGGUUUUUCAAAGGGGACAAGCUUUUGGGUACUGUCAAUGUGAAACUGCAACCACUAGAAACCAAAUGUGUGUUACAUGAAAGUUAUGAUCUUAUGGAAGGUCGAAAAUCUGUGGGAGGAAAACUAGAGGUUAAGAUUCGAAUCCGUGACCCAUUAAAGUCUAAGCAAGUGGAUGAAGUCAAGGAAAAAUGGCUGGUCAUUGAUCAGUUUAUUAGAACAGCAGGUUCAAAGAGCCAGGAAGAGAGCAGGGCAGGAAAAACACAGAGUGAUGGGACAUCUUGCAUAGAAGUUUUACGUUUUGAGAAACAGAUGUUAGACAAACAGAUGGGACAGUUGAAGGACAGUCUGAGUUUAUCACAGACUCAGGUUCUCAAACACAAAAGUGCACUGCUGGAGGAGAAAAUUGAGCUGCAGCAGAAGAAACUUAGAGAGGGUGGUAUUGAGACAUGGAAAGCAUACCUGGCUACAGUAAAGACAGAAGCAAUAGCAUUUGAACAAGAAGCAAGGCAAUAUGCAAAACUUGGAGAUGCCCAGAAAUUUGAAACACUGAUGAACAAAAAGAAGAUUGCAGAUAAAGCGAUUCAAGCAAUCAAGAUGAAAAUCCCAGAUGCCUAA